AUGUCUCUCGCCGAUAUGUCAGCCGCUGCCAUCUUCAACCGCGCCGAAGAAGAGGAGGGAUGUGAUGGUGACGCAGUGGACGUCGGCCAGAGGGGUCUUCGCAUCGCCGCCAUCUUUAUCAUCCUCGCCAGCUCGGCCAUUGGCGCCCUCAUGCCUAUUUUCCUCGCCGGCCAGAGCAAGGUGCCCGUGCCCAAGCUGGUGUUCUUCAUCUGCAAAUACUUUGGUACAGGCGUGAUCAUUGCUACGGCCUGGAUGCACUUGCUGGAGCCUGCGGCGGAUAACCUUGGGGACCCUUGUCUCACACCUCGUCUGGGAGACUAUCCCUGGGCGUUUGCCAUUGGGCUGUGGACCGUCAUGGCCAUGUUCUUUGUCGAGCUCAUGGCCAUGCGCAAGGUGGAUGACGCGGAUGCACUGCAGUCUGGCAGCUUGGACGCCAAGAACGACCCGACCGUGGAUAUUCUCGACCUAAGCAGGGCCGAGGCCAAGAAGACGAACGUGAACGAGGACGCUGAGAACGGCACAAUGGGCCACAACGGACACGGAUCGGCGCUCCCUGGACAGGACGGCGACAUGAGUUACCCGCCCGGUGGCCGCGACCACCUCGCCCACCGCCACGAGCACACAGAGGGUGACUCCCACGGCAGCCUUGCGGGGCAGCUCACCUCCAUCUUCAUCCUCGAGUUCGGUGUCGUGUUCCACAGUGUCUUCAUUGGCCUGACUCUUGGCACGACCGACGAGGUCACCAUUCUGCUCAUUGUGCUCGUCUUCCACCAAAUGUUCGAAGGCCUGGGUCUGGGCUCUCGUCUGGCAAUCGCGCCGUGGCCCCAGGACAAGAAAUGGCUGCCUUACCUUCUCGGCGCCAUCUUUGCCCUUUCGACACCCGUCGGCAUCGCGGCCGGUAUUGGCGCGCAGCCCAAUAACGCAAACGACCAGAAACUUGUCAACGGCAUCUUUGACGCUAUUAGCGCUGGUAUCCUCAUGUACACGGGUCUGGUCGAGCUUUUGGCGCACGAGUUCAUGUUCAACCCGCACAUGAGGAGGGCCUCGCUUAAGGUGCAGCUAUCCGCUUUUGCGUGCGUGCUCCUGGGCAUGGGCCUGAUGGCAUUGCUCGCCGAGUGGGCGUAA